AUGACUAAUAUCUCAAAAUCAAAUCUUAUAAUUAAAAAUAGAAAAUUCACAGCUGAGGCUUUAUGGUCAAUGGGACGAAUUAAUGGAUAUGACCUUUUUGAUAACACAUUGCUAUAUACUGUUUCUUAUUAUGACAUACCUAAAAAUGGAAGUUCAAGUCAUAUCAUUAUUAAAACAUUAAAUUCAAAAGAGUAUAUAGACCUUACUUCAAAGAUGAGAGACAGUAAUGACCAACUAACUAAAAGUUGUGCACAGUCUCAAACUAAUGCGAUUUUUGAUAAAAAUGGAAGAGGAAUCUUAUUUAAUUCAAAUGGAAAGUUGUUUGAAUAUUAUUUUGAUUCGGAACAAGUCGAACAACUCUCAACAGGUUCUUUAGAUAUUAGAGAAUUUAAAAUAUCUCCAGACUAUUCUAAAUGUUUAUUUAUUUCAUCUGUUGAACAUAGCUACAAAAAUGAAGACUAUAACGAUUUACCUUUGACUAGUGGAAUGAUAUUUGAAGACUUAAACUAUCGUCAUUGGGAUGAGUUUAAUACAUCUUUACCUCAUCCAUUUGUCUCAAAAUUAAAUAAUAUGAAAUUUGAAGAUCAUCCAUUUGAUAUUCUUGAAAAUGAACCAUAUGAAUCACCAUUAAAACCAUUUGGUGGAAUAGAACAAUUAUGUUGGUCAAAAGACUCGAAGAAAAUAGCAUAUACAUGUAAGAAGAAAGUAGGAAAAGAAUAUGCUACAUCAACAGACUCAGAUAUUUAUGUCUAUGAUACUGAAACAAAGACAACUAUUAAUCUUUGUAAAGACUUUGAGCCAAAGAAUUAUGGGUUUGACUCAAACCCAAUGUACUCACCUAGUGGAAAAAAAAUUGCAUGGGUUAGCAUGGAACGUGAUGGAUAUGAAAGUGAUCGUAGUAGAUUAAUUAUAUUUGACCUAGACACUAAGAAAAAAAGUUUUGUAUCAGAAUGGUUUGAAAGUAACGUUGAAAGUUUUGAUUGGAUUAAUGACUGUCAGAUGGUAUUUACUGGUGUGUGGCAUGGAUUAACACAUAUAUAUAUUAUUGAAAUAAAUAACGAUAAUGAAUUAGUUAAUCAUGAGCAAAUUACAACAGGGCAAUAUGACUAUAAGUCUGUUAAAUGGUUUGGAAAUAAGUUAAUUGUUAAAAGACAAUCAAUGAUAGAGGCUGAUGAGUUAUACGAACUUGAUUUAAAAACUAAAGAAAUCAAACAAAUAAGCUUCGAAAAUGAUUUUAUCUAUACCCAAAUAGAUAAAGCCUCUGUGCAACCAAAGUGGAUGAAAACAGUUGACAAUAAAGACAUGUUAGUUUGGGUUAUUUAUCCACCUCAUUUUGAUUCAACAAAAAAAUAUCCAACGUUGCUGUAUUGUCAAGGUGGUCCUCAAAGUGCUGUUAGUCAAUUUUGGUCUUACAGAUGGAAUUUCUUAUUAAUGGCAUCAGAAGGGUACAUUAUUAUUGCACCGAAUAGAAGAGGAUUACCAGGUUUUGGAAUGGAAUGGUUAGAAGAAAUUUCAUUGGAUUAUGGAGGUCUUUGUAUGAAGGAUUUGUUAACUUCUGUUGACUUAAUGAAAAAAGAGUCAUACGUUGAUUCUGACAGACUUGGAUGUGUUGGAGCAAGUUUUGGAGGAUAUUCAGUCUAUUGGCUUGCUGGACAUCAUCAAAAACGAUUCAAAGUGU